AUGAAAGUUACGAAGAGACGGCCCCCAGUCCCCGGCGGCCCCGCUAUUCCUGGCUACGGUGGCGACCAUGGUAACGGCGGGGCAGGGGGUGCUAAGAAUCUCCGGUGGAGGUUCGGUUGCCACCUACAACGACUCGACCUGGCAACAUACAACGCACGCACCCUGAGGACUGACGAGAAGAUUGUGGAGCUGGAAGAAGAGAUAGACAAGUUACGCUGGCAUAUUAUAGGAUUAUCCGAAGUCCGAAGAGAGGGGGAGGACACGGUAAUCCUCGAAUCCGGCAACUUGCUCUAUCACCGGGAGGGCGACCAUCUGUCCCAAGGAGGUGUCGGAUUUAUCGUCCACAAGUCUCUCGUUAACAACGUUGUAAAGAUUGAGAGUGUGUCGACGAGGGUUGCGUACCUUAUACUCAGAAUCACCAAACGGUAUUCGCUGAAGGUCAUACAGGUUUACGCACCAACCUCGGCACACCCCGAUCAGGAGGUGGAGGAAAUGUAUGAGGAUAUCUCUAGAGCCAUGCAUUCCUCCAAAACCCAAUAUACGGUGUUAAUGGGAGACUUCAAUGCAAAACUAGGCACAAGAGAGAACGGUGAGCUGAAAGUGGGUAAAUUUGGAAUAGGGCAACGGAACCCAAGGGGCCAGCAGUUGGCCGACUUCAUGGAGAAAGAGGGACUCUUUAUGAUGAACUCUUUCUUCCAGAAGCGGCCCCACAGGAAGUGGACCUGGUCGAGCCCCGACGGUUCGACAAAAAAUGAGAUUGACUUCAUUAUGACGACCAGACGACAACUGUUCAGUGAUGUCUCAGUGAUCGCGAGGGUGAAAACCGGCAGCGAUCACCGAAUGGUUAGAGGCACACUGAACCUAAACGUUAAGUUGGAGAGGUCUCGUCUAAUGAAGUCAACGCUCCGUCCCCCUCGUGCUCUAAUCCAAAGUCCCGAAACCUUUCAGCUCGAGUUGCAAAACCGUUUUCAGUGCCUAGAAGACUGCAAUGAAGUGGACGAUUUGAAUGACAAGCUCGUGGAAACUGUCCAUGCGGUCGGAGCUAAGUUCUGCAAGACCCGCCGCAGAAGAACACAAAAACUCUCCGAUCACACUCUUAAUCUCAUGGCUGUUAGACGGGAGAUGAAGCUACAUUCUUCAACAGAUUUGACAGCAUACAGGCAACUGAACAGACAGAUCUCCAAAUGCAUGCGGCGGGACUUACGCAACUUCAAUACAGCUCGUAUUGAAGAAGCGAUCGAGCGGAACCAAGGCUCCAAAGUCUUUGCCAGAGAUCUGUCUGCCAGAAAGAGCCAACUGUCAAAGCUGAAGACCGAAUGUGGCAGCAUCGUUUCCGGGGCACCUGAGAUUUUGAGUGAGAUUGAGAGGUUCUAUGGGCAGCUGUACACGUCAUCGUUGGAGCCACACGCAAGUGUGAGUAACGAUCCAAGAGCGAGUCUUAUCCGACAUUAUUCCGAUGAUAUCCCGGACGUCAGUCUGAGCGAGAUUAGAAUGGCUCUCCAGCACCUUAAAAACGGCAAGGCCCCAGGCCAGGAUGGAAUUACAGCGGAGCUUCUGAAAGCGGGUGGAAAACCGGUACUUGAAGUCCUUCAGAAGCUCUUUAAUUCCGUCCUCCAUGGUGGCAUUACACCGGAGGCGUGGAGCAGAAGUGCGGUGGUCUUGUUCUUCAAGAAAGGCGACAACGCUCUCUUGAAGAACUACAGGCCGAUUUCCCUUCUGAGCCGCGUCUACGUGCUGUUUUCGAGAGUCAUUACGAAUCGUCUCGCGCGCAGACUUGACGACUUCCAGCCUCCCGAACAAGCCGGUUUCCGAAAAGGCUUUAGUACCAUAGACCACAUACAUACCCUUCGGCAAAUUGUACAGAAGUCCGAGGAGUACAAUUUGCCACUAUGUCUGGCGUAUGUGGACUAUGAGAAAGCUUUUGAUUCCGUCGAAAUUUGGGCGGUGCUGCAGUCCCUUCAGCGAUGCCAAGUUGACUGUCGGUAUAUCGAAGUGUUGAAAUGCUUGUACAGUAGGGCUACGAUGGCUAUCCGAGUACAGAACCAAAGUACGAAACCUAUCCAAUUGCAGAGAGGUGUAAGACAGGGUGACGUCAUAUCCCCGAAACUCUUCACCGCUGCAUUGGAAGAUGUUUUCAAGCUUCUGGACUGGAAAGGAUACGGUAUCAACAUCAAUGGCGAGUACAUCACUCACCUUCGAUUUGCCGACGAUAUAGUCCUUAUGGCAGAAUCGCUGGAGGACCUAAGCACUAUGCUCAAUGACCUCAAUAGUGUUUCCCAACGGAUAGGUCUUAAGAUGAACAUGGACAAAACAAAGAUCAUGUUUAAUGUCCAUGUCACACCUAUGCCGGUAGUUGUUGGGAACACUAAGCUCGAAGUUGUUGACGAGUAUGUUUACCUGGGACAAAUAGUCCGACUAGGUAAGUCCAACUUCGACCGAGAGGUCAAUCGACGGAUUCAACUCGGUUGGGCAGCGUUCGGGAAAUUACGGCACAUCUUCUCGUCAGGUAUACCUCAAAACUUGAAAACGAGACUGUACACCCAGUGCGUGUUGCCAGUGAUGACAUACGGAACUGAGACGUGGUCCUUCACUGCUGGCCGGAUGAGGAAGCUCAAGGUCGCUCAGCGAGCUAUGGAGAGGGCUAUGCUCGGAGUUUCUCUGCGUGAUAAACUCAGAAAUGAGGAUAUCCGCAGUAGAACCAGAGUGACCGACAUAGCCCAACGGAUUAGUAAGCUGAAGUGGCAAUGGGCCGGCCAUAUAGCUCGAAGAACCGACAACCGAUGGGGAAGAAAGGUUCUCGAGUGGCAGCCUCGUACCGGCAGGCGAAGUGUAGGGCGUCCCCCCACUAGAUGGAGUGACGACCUGGUAAGAUUUGCAGGAAGUCGAUGGAUGCAGGUGGCUCAGGACCGUGCUUUGUGGCAUUCUUUGGGGGAGGCCUAUGUUCAGCAGUGGACUUGUGAAGGGCUGUAA